AUGCGCUGCUGCACCGUGCUCCAGGACCCAGCCACGUUGUUCUGGGACACCCCUCUCGGUCUAGGGCCUUUCCGAGUUGUUGCAGCGUCGUACGGCCACCCGCGAGACCCAAAGCUGGCCAUCGAUGUCCGCCGACAGCUGCAAACACGCGUGGGGGUAUCGGAUCGCUUGGACAUAAGACGAGAGGAGAGCCUAACAGACUGGUUAGGGAACCCCUGCCCGGGCGUUCUGAAGGUUUUGCGCGUUCGGUACGUCUCUCUGGAAGGCGUCGCGAAAGGGCGGCGACGAGAGGUGUGGCUCCAAGAGUCAGAGGAGGGCCACCUUGCGGAGGCAGUAUCUCUUCAAGUGCCGACGAAGCUGCCCCUCGUGGUGGUGUUCUCUGCGGUGUAUGGUUCUCCCGGCGAACCUUCGCGGGGCCGUGGUAAGAUGGAUGUGACAGAGUUCAUGCAGGGGAGGGUCGACCUCGCGGACGGAAAGUACCUCUUCAUGUCUCGAAAGGAACCACUCACGGAUCUCUUCGGCGACCCUUGCCCUGGCCGGGAUAAAUGCUUGGUGCUCCGGUACGAGAUCGUUGGUACGGAAGGAAGGGCGGAGGCGAUCGAGUCGGACGGACGGCUGUUGACACCAAUCAGUAUCAGCUGCACGCCUAUGUUGGCGCCGCUUAUCCUCGUGGAAUCCGCAACCUACGGGCAGACACGACAGGGCAUCGAUGAGCGUCUGCAAUUGGUGCAGAGAGAACUUUCCGACCUGUUUGCCAUCCAGAACCGCAAAGACAUCGGGAUGCCCCUCAGCCGAGAGGACAAUAAGAGGCUCAUGGGGCUCAGGCCUCUCAUCAGUGAUCUCGAGUGCGUUGUAUCGAUGGAGAAAGAGUUCCUGAAGAAGCUCACUCCCAGGUACGUGGAUAUCAGGGCGCGCCUGCAGGCGAGGGUGGAGGAGCACGGUGGGGGGCUGCUAGAGUUCGUGGCGGCUCAAACAGACGUCAAUCAGCUCUUCGGGAACCCAAUGCCGGGGAAAAGAAAGGAGCUGCGGGUGCGGUAUCUCAUCGUGGUUGUGGGUGGUGAAAAACUUGUGAUCGACUGUAACACCGACCUCCAGGAGAUUUUCGACGACCCCUGCCGAGGUGUGCGCAAGAAGAUCAACAUCACCUACGUGGCCAGGGGUCUGAACGGGAUCAUUCGAGUGAGCGAGAAAGACCGAUACCUGGUGGCCGACAUCAUUGUGGGAUACUACAGCAGGCAGCACUUUCGGGAAAGCAAGCUUCUGGCAGAGCGUCACGGCCUUCGCACGGAGCAUAAGACCAAAGAAUCGACUCACCAGCACUUUCGCCGUGACGAAUGGAGCGAGAGCGACAGCGACAGAGAUAGCGACAGCACAAACCAAACAGUGGAGAACACCGGCAAUUUGACCGUUGCCAACGCAGACGGCCUUUGUGUGCCAUGUGACGAGCACGAAGAUGGAAGCCUCGAGCCCCCGUUAAGAUUGAAAACGUCGAUGAUGAUGGCGGUCGGCGGUGGCGGCAUGGAUCCAUCCGCAGUAGAGGGUAGAGGUGGAGGGAGUAGGACGCCCACGAUGGCAGAGCGGAGGAGGGAGCGGCGGAGGGAGCGGCGUCAGGCCCACCAGGAAGGCGUUCGGCGGAAAGAGGCGGAGCGAGAGAGCGAGCGGCGAAGAAUGCGCGCAGACAAGGCACGACGGGACCGCGAGGUAGCGCGGGCCGUCCGCGAAGCAGAAGACGCUGAGCGCUUGCGUUUGUUGAGCGAAGCGCAGGAAGCCGAGAACGCGGCCGCCGUACCGACUCGCCUGCUGCGCACCAUGCAGAGGAAGGCGGCUGCGGCCAUCGCAGCCGUGGCGUCGGGAGCUGGUGCCAUCGCCGACGGUCGUGGCGUUGUCGGUGAGCCAGCCAAGGCCGGGACCACCCGCGAUCGCCGGACACCAGGAGUGAAUUUUAGCAAAGAGCCAGUUCUAGAAGAAGAGCGGCGCGACGGCGGUGGCCCGGAACAGGAAAGAAAGAGCCGUCAGCUCAGCGUCUUGGGCGAUGGCGAUGACGGUCCCAGCAAAACUAAUUUGACCGCGACGAGGAGACGAUCUCGCAAAGCCGUUGGCCACGGCCUCCCCGCGACGCCCGCGAACGCUGCACUCGCGGAUCACAACGAGGAGGUCACCGCGCUUGCGGCAGAGACGCAGCAUGCUGUCGCCACCGACGAGCCGAAAAAGGGCAAGCGAAAGACGAGAAGCCGGGAGGCUAGUGAAGGUUGGAGGGGAACAGCAACGGCUGCGGGUCAUCCAGACGUCGAGAGGCACAACAAGGAGCGCGGCGCUUUUCCUCCGCCCCUCCCCGGUACGACCGCGCAAGCUGGUUCCGCCGUUGCCGCCACCGCCGCCAACGUCGCCUUGCCGGAACGGUCGGGGAACAAGGGAACAUCCCACUCGCGUGGACACAGCAACCUUCCGCAGGGGGAAGCUAACUUGACGGCGGUCUCAUCGCCACCAAAAGACGUCGGGAUAGGCGGAACGACAGGUCGACCCAGACGAAAGCCGAGCGAGGAGAGGGUCGGGGAGCCCCGAGCCGUGUUUACGCAUCGAGCAUCAGCGAUACUGCCCACCGACGAGGCCACUGGCAGUGGAGAGGCGGCCGGCAUAUUGGUGGAGGGUGGAAGGAGAGAGAGAAACGGGGAAAGUCAUCAACGAAGGGCUAGCACCAAGGGUCGAGUAGGCUCGGUCUUGCCGAGUGAAAUUGUGAACGCUGCGUAA